AUGGCAUUCAAGAGGCUGGCAGCGCACUCAGGCUGUAGCAAGCUCUGCUCCCCGUAUGUGCUGUAUACCGGCGGAGAGUAUAACGAUGAAAACGUGUCGACAGGAUACAGUCAUUCCUGUUAUGGAAGUAGGGACGCUGGCUGGGAUCGUAGACCAACUGACGAUACAACCCCUGCAUAUGACACGAAUUUUCCGUGCUGCUACUACGGUCAGCACGCUGUCUCUCGUCAGUUGUCCUCAGCCUAUAUGCGGCACAAAGAGCUGACCAGCCCACUGUUCUUGCAGACGGAAAAAGAGGUUUCCGUCGUGGAUGAAGAGCUGACUGUUGGGGAUGUCAUGUUUGCUUUGAAGGUGAUACCUUCAAACCAGAUAGUCAUCGAAAUCUGCCUUUCCUCUCUGGAAACGACGAUACGAGGCACAUGUGCCGUUGACGUUGGAGCGAAACGAAGGACAGAUGCCUCGGCGAUACAUAGUCGCACGGUGAUCGCCUCGCCGGGAAAGUCGAACGCAAUGGAAAUGCGUCGACGCAUUCAACCCCGAGGAGACGACGAGUGCGCCGGCCUCCCGCGUAUUCAAGUGUUUCAUUGUUAUUGUUUAUCUGGAGUUUACGAUCGGAUAGAAAGGCGCUCCGCAAAGCAUCCGAUUGGGUUUAUUUCCUCGCGCACUACGACCGGUCACAAGUAUGCGAUAAGUGUGAAUCGCGUUCUUGGCAUCCGUGCCGCUCCAAGCCUGCAAGCGGUACCGUGCCCCAUUUCUGCAGUGGCAGCCCAGCGACCGUCCUAUGAGCUCCACAACUAUCCCGCUAAUGUUAAACGUCUCACCGUGUACGACAGUAGCCCAUUCCCAUGGUACCAGGGCUUCCCGAACGAGUCCACUCGGAUCACGGAGGCGUCUUGA